CCCUCCCUCUCUCUCUCUCUCUCUCUGCCCCUUCCUGGAGGGCACGCAUAUAUGCUCACUAGCGCUCUCAUUCUCUCAAAAUAAACUUUUUUAAAAAAUGAUUAAGAAAGAGACCCUAUUGGCUUUCCUCUCUCGGCUAGCUGCGGCGCCUGAGGGAGAAGUGUUGCUAGGUGUGCGGGGAGCCGCAGCAAUGGCCUCAGUGCUGUCCUACGAAAGCCUUGUCCACGCUGUGGCCGGAGCCGUGGGAAGUGUGACAGCAAUGACAGUAUUCUUUCCCUUGGAUACAGCUCGACUUCGACUUCAAGUUGAUGAGAAAAGAAAGUCCAAAACUACACACAUGGUGCUCCUGGAGAUCAUUAAGGAAGAAGGCCUCCUGGCACCAUAUCGAGGGUUUAUCUCCAGUCUGUGCUGCUCCAAUUUUGUCUAUUUCUACACUUUUAAUAGUCUCAAAGCAGUCUGGGUCAAAGGUCAACGUUCUACUACUGGAAAAGAUUUAGUAGUUGGAUUUGUUGCAGGUGUGGUGAAUGUGUUGCUAACAACUCCACUCUGGGUGGUAAACACCAGACUGAAGCUGCAAGGGGCAAAAUUUAGGAAUGAAGACAUUGUACCAACCAACUACAAAGGUAUUAUUGACGCUUUUCACCAGAUCAUUCGAGACGAAGGAAUCUUGGCUUUAUGGAAUGGCACAUUUCCUUCCUUGCUGUUGGUCUUCAAUCCUGCCAUCCAGUUCAUGUUCUAUGAAGGUUUAAAACGGCAACUUCUAAAGAAACGAAUGAAGCUUUCUUCUUUGGAUGUGUUCAUCAUUGGUGCAAUAUCCAAAGCGAUUGCUACCACAGUCACUUAUCCCAUGCAGACAGUACAGUCAAUUCUGAGGUUUGGACGCCACAGACUAAACCCAGAAAACAGAACAUUGGGAAGUCUUCGGAAUGUUCUCUAUCUUCUUCACCAACGAGUAAAGCGGUUUGGAAUAAUGGGACUCUACAAAGGCCUUGAAGCCAAACUGCUGCAGACAGUCCUCACCGCUGCUCUCAUGUUCCUUGUUUAUGAGAAACUGACGGCCGCUACCUUCACAGUUAUGGGGCUGAAGAACGUACGCAAGCGCUGAGACACCUCGCCCCGCAGAGUGCAGAAGGCUACUCAAGAUGCGGGCUUCCCUCCGUGCGAAGGGAAGUGAUUCUCUUUUUACUCUUGGCUGCCUGCUCCAUGAACUUUACUCUCAUAGGCUGGAAAAGCAUCUAAGGGUAAACAUGGAAUAGAGCCAGCUGGACCUGUCGACCACUUCAUUUUUAUGAUGGUUGGCUGAAUUUUGUUGGGGAGGUUGGUCUGAUGGUCAUAUGAAAAGAAAACAUUAUUGAAAACGUAAAAAUGAAAGAUUGUG